GCUUCGGUGCGCUGACUGCGUCUCCUGCAGCUGCCCUGGAGCGAUCGCAAGACCAGGGACGAGAACAAUCGCAAGGAGGCGAUGCCGAGUAAUAAUGUAAAUGAUGUAGGCGAGUAAAAGAGAGGACGAGGAGGUGGGAGGGUGUCGAUUCUCUUCUGCGCUCUCGAUUCUGGUCUCGCUUUUGCGCGAGGCCUGGAGAGCGUGAGAGAGAGAUCGAAACUCGUUCGAACUCGUUCUUCUUCGUGCUAGAGAUUUAAGCUCGUCGUGUGUGAGAACCGUGAAAUCCAGAAUGCGUCGAUAGUGAGUGAACGAGCUAGCUAGCUUGCUAGUGAGUGGGUACCCGCCGCUCUGGCUGCAGCCGUCCUGCGCUGAAGGCAAGAGGAUUCCUUUUUCUGCAAGCGCUAGCAGCUGUGUCUUUCUUUCUGCUGGAGGCGGCAGAGCUUGCUCGCUCGCUUGCUCGCUCGGAGAAUGUUUGUGACAAACAAAACGAAAAAGAUCCUGCCAAUUGGGGCGAAUUGGAGAAAUCGCGUCGGUCGGUUGUGCAGUGCUGGGCAUGAAGUAGACGGUUGUGGCAGAAGCGAAUGACGUAGCGGUUGCUGCAAUCGCGGCCUUCUUACCGACUGUUGGACCUUCUUGAACCCGGGCUUCGAGAAGAAAUCGAACAUCGUCGAGAGCAAACGGCCUCCUGAGGCACCAGCGCGUUGGCAUCAGCGUCGAGCCGGCUCUACAGAAUCGGAUUCGACGGGCUGAGCGGCAUUCGGCUUUUCCUUCUCGCCAUUCUCUGACUGCCUCGACUGGGUGGCCAAGAUGGGGCAAAUUAGCGCUAGCGGCGAUGACAAUGUGGUGAGCUUGUUGGGAAUCAAUCUGAGCAGUAAGCCGAGGUGGUUGCAGCUUCUUAUUUGCGGUGGUGGAUUCUUCUUUGGCUACAUGGUUAAUGGUGUGUGCGAGGAGUACGUCUACAACAGACUUCACUUUAGCUAUGGUUGGUACUUCACGUUCGUUCAAGGGUUCGUUUAUUUGGCCCUCAUUAUGGCACAGGGUUUCAAGCUCAAGCACAUCCAGAAUCCGUGGAACACCUACAUCAAGCUGUCUGCCGUCUUGAUGGGUUCCCACGGGCUCACCAAAGGAUCUCUUAUGUGGCUCAACUACCCUGCGCAAAUCAUGUUCAAGUCUACCAAGGUCCUACCUGUAAUGAUUAUGGGAGCCUUCAUUCCAGGUCUUCGGCGGAAGUACCCUUUUCAUGAGUACGUUUCAGCGGUAAUGCUUGUGGUCGGUCUGGUGAUCUUCACAUUAGCAGAUGCGAACACGUCACCCAACUUCAAUGUUAUGGGAGUAAUUAUGGUGUGUGGUGCUCUUAUCCUGGAUGCCUUCUUGGGAAAUCUGCAAGAGGCAAUUUUCACCAUGAAUCCUGCGACUUCACAGAUGGAAAUGUUAUUCUGCUCUACUGUCGUAGGUCUGCCCUUCCUUAUUCCUCCUAUGAUUCUCACGGGAGAAAUAUUCAGGGCUUGGACCAAUUGUUCACAACACUUGUACAUCUAUGCUGUACUUGUAUUCGAAGCCUGCGCAACAUUUAUAGGACAACUGUCUGUACUAUCUUUAAUCACCUUGUUCGGUGCUGCCACAACCGCCAUGGUCACAACUGCGAGGAAGGCCUUCACAUUGUUACUGUCAUAUAUCAUUUUCACAAAGCCUUUAACCGGGCAACACGGGACUGGGCUAUUACUUAUAAUGAUGGGCAUCGUCCUGAAGAUGAUGCCAGAUCCAUUCCCAAAGACAGGUUAUACACCUAUCUCUAAAGUGGAGAUAGAAAAGUUAGAGAAGGAGAAACCAGAUCACAAAGUUUAAAGAUCUUCAUCCGACGAAGAAACCGAGGGAAGAUCUGAUGUUCACAUUCUUUAUUUCGGUUAGGGAAUAGAGCCCUUUGAUUGCCAUACGAAACAACCGAGAAAUCAUUGAAUAAGCUUGCAGUAGGAAACAAUACGCAGGGGUUAUUGACAAUCAAUUACUCCCAAGAGAAUAGGGUCUACUACGUCGAUACCUUGUCCCAUUGGAAAUCUGUAACCCGGAAAAAAUCAUACGGGGAGCAGUAGUUAUGGUGUAAGAAUUCAUAUAGCAUAGCUCCAGUCAUAAGAGUGGAAAUUCGUCCAUUUUUACAACACUGCCCACGGCACGUUACUCACUUACAUCCCAAGGUCUCAAAUCCAAUGGAUAAUUGUACUCAUAUACAUCCAAUGGUUAUUUUACUGAUUACAU